AUGUGCCGUUGGAUUGCUUACUCCGGAUCGCCGGUAUCACUGGACUCGCUGCUGUUCAAGCCCGAGCAUUCGUUGAUCGACCAGAGCCGCCACUCGCGGCGGGGAACGCCUGGGGCGAACCCAGACAAGGACCAUCCGGCGUUCUUUAUGAACGGUGAUGGCGUGGGUGUAGGUUGGUACAGCGGCAGCACCUGGCCCGGGGUGUAUCGCGACAUUCAGCCAGCCUGGAACGACCGCAAUCUGCAGAACGUGGCCGAGCACACAACCAGCGGUUUGUUUCUGGCCCACAUCCGCGCUUCCAGCGGCAGCGCCAUCCAGCAAACCAACUGUCACCCGUUUCGGCACGAUCGCUGGUUGUUUCAGCACAACGGUGAGAUCAACAACUUCCCCCGGCUCAAACGGGCGAUCGACUUGGAAAUCGAACCAGAGUUGUACCCGUUGAUGGAAGGUUCGACCGACUCCGAGCGGAUGUUCUUCCUCGCCCUGACUUACGGGCUGAUGGACAACCCACGUGCGGCGUUGCAGAAGAUGGUCGCUCACAUCGAGAAGAUCGCCCAGGCCGAAAGCGUCCCGGCUCCACUGGUCAUGACCCUGGCGAUCAGCAAUGGCGAGCAACUCUUUGUCGUGCGUUACGCCUCGCCCGGCAACCCACCGCCCUCGUUGUACCACAACCGCAGCGCGCACGCCAUUCGCGAGAUCGACGGCCGCAACGAACAACUUCCCGACGACGCCCUGAUUGUGCUUUCAGAACCCAUCGACGAAGUGAGCGAGCACUGGGAAGAGGUGCCGGAGGUUGAUCAGCCCUUGGGCCAUCGCCGUGGCUACGCCAUGUCCUUCGUGCUCGGGGAACGUGAAGUACGCAAUCUCAACCGCCCCGUUUGCCGGGGGCGACUUGAAGGCACAAGUUCCCUGCACGUUUCCGUCAGCGGUGGCCAUGUAGCUGACCCAGGGUCGUUGGAAUCCCGUCUUUUGGUACAGCGACUUGGUCGCAACGACCACUUCGCGUAA